UAAGGGCCCCAGUUUGGAGGGGAGAGUUUGGAUCUUCGAGUCCCCGCCACUGCCCCUAAUUUUGCCUUUGGAAGGGCUUGUUGAAUUUGUGGCUAGUGUGACUUCCCAGAGCGGCCAUCUUGACUUCGUGGCUAGUGUGAAUUCCUAGAGUGGUUGUUUGGAAUGUGUGCUCAGUGUGGAUUCCUAGAGCGGUCAUCCUGAAUUAGUGACUAGUGUGAGUUCCUAGACUGGCUGUCUUUCAGGGUUCCGCUCCCUACCCAAGUUCUCAAGAAGUUAGUCUCAGAGUGGGGAAUGGAUCCCCUAGGCUGGUUCUCCUGGUCAAAAGCUGGGUCCGAGGAAUGUCUAACCAGGCUCGGACCCUUGUGUGCUUCUGAAAAACUGGGCAUGUAUCAGCAAAAGUUGAGGUGGGGGGUGGUGUGUUCGUGUGCUAGCCGUGACCUAGGCAGGACAGUGGUGGACAACCCACCUUGUGCACCCAACACCGUAUUGAGGGUGGAGGGAAAGCGUGUCCCGUGCUGUCCUUCCAAGAUUGCAAAGCCCAGAAUCAAUUUCACCACCUCAUCAGGAGCUAGGGCAUCAUCAGGAAUAGAGCGAUGGAAAGCACUGAAACGAGAGGGACUAGAAACUUGAAAUGACUGCAGAGAGCGACAAGAAGUGGAGGAAUGGAGAUUAGAAAUGUUCGCCACGGAUGCAACAGGCAAAGAAGAAGUCGGUACAAAAACAUGUAGCAGGAGAAAGGAGAUUCUGAAUACCUUAAUUUCCGGCUCUGGACAGCUUCACACACAGAAAUGGUGCCCAGAUUAUGUUGAUCCAAGCUCUCAUCUGAGGCCGGGACGGCGACAUGAAAAAUAACACAAGCCCCCGUGCUGCUGUUUGUGUGGUCCUGUUUUUCCUAGUCACGCUCUUCAUAAUCUACAGCUCCAACAGCCGGAACGAGGUUUUCCAUUACACCUCCCUACGGGUGCAGCCUCAUCUGCCCACCAGCCUCAAGAAAUGGGGCGUGAAAACUGGAUACCUUCCUGUCUCGGGAAACAAGACCUUGGACCGGCAUUGCCACCAGUGUGUGAUAGUCACCAGUUCCAGCCACCUCCUCGGGAGUAAGCUAGGAGCGGCCAUUGAUCAGUCGGAAUGCACGAUCCGCAUGAACGACGCUCCGACGACGGGCUACGAGGCGGACGUGGGGAACAAAACCACCUUCCGGGUUGUGGCCCACUCGAGUAUCUUCCGGGUCCUGAAGAGGCCUCAGGAGUUUGUCAACAAGACCCUGGAGAGCACCUUGAUCUUCUGGGGGCCGCCCGUCAAGAUGCAGAAGAGCUUGAUCAAGGUCAUCCAGCGGGUCAGCGUGGCCUUCCCCAACAUGUCGGCCUUCGUGGCUUCCCCCGAGCGCAUGAAACAGUUUGACGACCUGUUCAGGAAAGAGACGGGGAAGGACAGAGUGACGUCGCGGUCGUGGCUGAGCACGGGCUGGUUCACCAUGGUGAUUGCCGUCGAGUUGUGCGACAGGGUCCACGUUUACGGGAUGGUCCCCCCGAACUAUUGCACUAGGAAGCCUCCGCCACACAAGAUGCCGUAUCACUACUACGAACCGAAAGGCGCGGAUGAGUGCACUACCUACAUCCACAAUGAGCGGAGCCCUAAGGGCAACCACCACCGGUUCAUCACUGAGAAACGGGUCUUUGCCAAGUGGGCCAGCCUCUACAACAUCACCUUCUCCCAUCCGGUCUGGGAGUAGGCCUCUACAGGCUGAGGGUCAAGCCACAUAAGUGCCAAACUCUCUGGGUUCGACGGGGCGGGGGUUGAGCCUGGCCCGGAGCGGAGAGACACCUCCUUGUCUGGUGGAGAUGCUACCAUGUGCUUCUUGGGUGAAUGUUUGGCAUCGUCUACCCCGGCUUGGAAACCUGGCCGCCACGGGUGGGAAUCGGAGAACCGUCCCAUUUCCGUGGCACGGGAGGAAGAACUCUGCUGGAGCAGGCCAAAGGCGCGUCCUGUUGGCCGUGGUUCGAAGAUGCACGACCCCACCCUCUUGCUCAAGCUAAGCCGGCCUAGUCCUGGUCAGGGCCUGGAUGGGUGGCCACCUGGAAAUCCUACGUACGCCACCUUGAGUUCCGUGAUGGAUGGAAGGCUGGCUGGCUGUAAAUGAAAUAAAUUGAAUUAAUAGCCCA